UGCUUGGGGGGCCGUCCCGCUACACCAAAGGUAUGAAGAGCGGCGGUGCUAACCCAGUCGGCGCGCGUGCAACGGGGGGCGUCUGCGCAAGCAAACGGCGGGCGGGCACUGCAAAGGCGCAGCAGUGCGGCUCAGGGUGGAGCGCAGAUUGACGAUUCCGACGCUGGAGAGGGUUCGCAGGAGGCCGGCGAGGAGAGAGGCACGGCGGGAUGGGAUGGGAUCUUCACUAAAAAUGGCACUGCGCACGGCGGCGCUGCGAGUGGCCGGCACCCCUGCAGCUGCAGCGCAGGCGGCGCGCAGGAGCCUACUGGCCAGCCCAGCCGCCAGCACAACACCGCACGCCGUUCCGCUGCUUUACCACUGCGAUGCCUGGCUGCUGCCGAGCGCCCGCCCGCUGCCUACCAGACCACCGCCCGCCGGCGCCCAGCUUCUCGCGAGCGCCGGUGAUUCGCAUGCAGCUGGCGGCUGGCGCCAAUCACCGCUCGCGUCCAGCGUUUCACGCAGUUUGACCAGCCCGGAAGCAGCGCGCGCUCGCGCCCCUCGAAACGCACCACGCCAGUCGCCAAAUUGCAUGGACCGUCGUUCAUGGCGCGCUGCUGCGCGAAGGUUUCAGCGCAGCACCACCGCCCUCCAGUCGCUGCGCCAGCCUCGCGCCCGCUCACCACUUCACCACUCGCCGCACGAGCUGCUUCCUGAGCGUUCGUCGCGCGCCGCGUCCAGCGUCCACGUGUGCGGGCGUGCACCUCGCCCGCACCAGCCUGAGCGCAUGCCCGCAUCGCCGCCGUCCUUGCGGCCUCGGUUCGCCAGGGCGGAUUGCGCACUCGUCUAGCAAACACUAGCACCACCGCAAGAAGCGCGAGAUGCACUUUCCACUGGCCCUGCUGGGAUGGCUAGACGCCUGUUCUCCUACGCUGUCCGCGCCAGCUCCGCACCUAUAACACCUACACGCUCCACGCAUCACGCGCAAAUUUUCCUGAGACAGUCCAUCUCCGCCUAGCAUGUCCUCUCUA